GAGAAGCGGCCGUGGGUGGAGCCGCCCGGAGUCCCCAGGUCAAUGGGCCGGCCAGAACCCGGGGGCGACUCGGCUGGGCUGGCCCGGAGCCGGAGGAGGGUCGCGCCGGGCGGAGCGGCCGGCCGCCGCUAGUGUCUGCUCUCCGCUCCGGCUCGGAGCUAAGUCGCCGCUCUCAGGCCCUGGGCUUCCGUAGCUCUGGCGGAGUCGGCGCGAUGGGCGAGCCGGAAAGGCCGGCGGCGGCCAGGCCGGAGGAGGAUGAGCAGUUGUCUUCAGAUACAAACGAAAACACAGAGAGGUCAAAUGAAGAGCCUCUUCUAAGAAAGAGUUCCCGCCGGUUUGUCAUCUUUCCGAUCCAGUACCCUGAUAUUUGGAAGAUGUAUAAACAAGCACAGGCGUCUUUCUGGACUGCAGAGGAGGUUGACCUGUCAAAGGACCUCCCUCACUGGAACAAGCUUAAGUCGGAUGAGAAGUAUUUCAUCUCCCACAUCUUAGCCUUUUUUGCAGCCAGUGAUGGAAUUGUCAAUGAAAACUUGGUGGAACGGUUCAGUCAAGAGGUGCAAGUUCCAGAGGCUCGCUGUUUCUAUGGCUUUCAAAUUCUCAUCGAGAAUGUCCACUCAGAGAUGUACAGUUUACUAAUAGACACUUACAUCCGGGAUCCAAAGAAAAGGGAAUUUUUGUUUAAUGCAAUUGAAACAAUGCCGUAUGUUAAGAAGAAGGCAGACUGGGCUCUGCGCUGGAUAGCUGACAGAAAGUCGACGUUCGGGGAGAGAGUGGUGGCCUUUGCUGCCGUGGAAGGCGUUUUCUUCUCUGGGUCAUUUGCUGCUAUCUUCUGGCUGAAGAAGAGAGGCCUCAUGCCCGGACUCACUUUCUCGAAUGAACUCAUCAGCAGGGAUGAAGGGCUUCACUGUGACUUUGCUUGCCUGAUGUUUCAGUACUUGGUAAAUAAGCCUUCAGAAGAAAGGGUCAGGGAGAUCAUUGUCGAUGCCGUUAAAAUUGAGCAGGAGUUUUUGACAGAAGCUUUGCCUGUCGGCCUCAUCGGAAUGAACUGUGUUUUGAUGAAACAGUAUAUUGAGUUUGUAGCUGACAGAUUACUUGUGGAACUUGGCUUCUCCAAGGUUUUCCAGGCAGAAAAUCCCUUUGAUUUUAUGGAAAACAUCUCGUUGGAAGGGAAAACGAAUUUCUUUGAGAAGCGAGUUUCUGAGUACCAGCGUUUCGCAGUCAUGGCGGAGACCACGGACAAUGUCUUCACCUUGGAUGCAGACUUUUAAAUCUCUCCCCAGUUAAAACACCACAGAAGCCGGAUAUGGUGGCGCAUGCCUUUAGUCCCAGCACUCAAGGAGGCCAAGGCAGGUGGAGUGUGGGAACUGUCGGAGCUAUGUAUAGAGAUCUGUCUCAAAACCCAAACAACAGCAGCAAGAGCAAACUAACAAACAAAACCUUGUUGGGAAAAUAGCAAUUUAUUUUUCUGUCCUUUUGAAACGUUGAGUAUUUCCUGUAAGGAAAUAAGAGUUUGAAUAGAAGGAAAUCAAGAAGUCAAUUAUAAACCAUUGAUUUAUCGAAAUGCACUUCAUUUAUUAAUACGGUGAGAGGGCGUGGCUUUUUCUUUAGUCGUUAACACAUAAGUUGGCAUUAAGAGCCUGGAUUGAGGAGUCAUAUAUGAGUUUGACAUCCUGCCCUUACUCCUUUGUGUGACCUUGGCAGGUCAGUCAGUCACUGUAAAGUUCAGGGCAAUGAUCUGUAAACAUGUAUGAUAGUAAGCCCCAAGUUCAUGGAGGUCGCAGAAGAACAGAUACACAAAGAUACGUUUCCCUCCACUACCUCAACGACCAGUGAACACCAACGGUACGACUGGUUGCAGUGCACUUCUCCAAAGUGACUGUGACUCUAGGUUAGAUGGAGGUCUAGAGUCCAUUAGGGUCUAAUGUUGCAGAAAGAAUAUGAGAAUAUGAAACCUUGGGAGGUCAUGAUUCUCAUCAGCCCCUUUGCUUGUCUCAAUCUGCGGUAAAGAAUGUAGCUCAUAACUGCUUAGGGCGGAAGGCUUGUGGAGCAGAGUCCACACGUUGCCAUGGUUGUGGGCCUUAGAAAAAAAGCGAUUCUCCUUCGGGAAUUAAAAAGCCAACUGUUGCCAGGUGCAGCCCUGGAAUGUUUAGAACCAGGAUAGAUGGGCACUUCCCAAAGUCAUAUUCUCAGAGCUGGUAGAUCUUGCAGUGUUUUGUGAUAGACUUCAUUUGUAUGUCUUUAUACUUUAAAUCUCUCAGCAGUGUUAUGAAGGGAUGGUCUUUAAUGGGACUGUGUACGCUGCAGAGCUAGAUGAUAAGGGAGAUGGAAAGGCCAGGAGCCAGGAGCCUGGGCAGGGUGCCUCUUCAUUUUCAGGAAGCACCAAGAGGAAGCCUGAGCCCCAUCAAACCCCGGUUCCUACUCAGUGAAGUGCCUGCUGCCCAAACAUGAGGGCCCGAGUCCAGAUCCCCGGCAACUCCAUAGAAACCAUAGCAGCACAUGCUCAUACACCACACACUUGUAUGUGCACACACACAGUGCACACACACACAC